AUGUCCGCCGACGAAGACUCCCAGUUUACAGGGCAGACGAGCGACGGUCUCACGCGCCUUCCUCCCGUUGCGACCGAGGACACUCCCCUCCUCCAGGACGAGCAGAGCGAGGAUACAGAUGGAACUCCAAUCGCCAAGGAACCGACAACCCUGGAGUUGGUCCUCGUUCUCGGCAGCAUUUGGCUGGGCGUGUUCCUCGCAGCACUGGACGCCACCGUCAUCGCGACUCUGUCUGCGCCUAUCUCCUCGUCAUUCAAUUCCCUGUCCCUGUUAUCGUGGAUUGCAGCUUCAUAUCUGAUCUCCAACGCCGCUUUCCAGCCGCUUAGUGGCAGAUUGACAGACAUCUUCUCGAGGAGGGCCGGCCUCAUAUUCUCCAAUCUCUUCUUUGGGCUCGGGAAUUUAAUCUGCGGGCUUGCUACCGAGGAAUGGGUGAUUGUGCUCGGUCGUGUAGUCGCUGGAGUUGGCGGCGGCGGCCUGACCGCCAUCUCGACGUUUGUCACAUCGGAUCUAGUUCCGCUUCGGCGACGAGGCGUGUGGCAGGGACUGGGAAAUAUCUGCUAUGGCACUGGCAUGGGACUAGGUGGCAUUUUCGGGGGCAUGGUCAAUGAUUCACUUGGCUGGCGAUGGGCAUUUCUUAUUCAGGUGCCAUUUGUUGUUGUAUCCACCAUCCUCAUAUGGUUCACUGUGAAGGUGCCAGUCAAGGAGACAGAUAAGUCGCGGAUCAAACGAAUAGACUUCUUGGGUGCUUUUACAUUGAUUGUCUUUCUGGUUUUGCUUUUACUGGGUCUCAAUGCCGGUGGGAACCAAGUACCAUGGGAUCAUCCAUUAGUUCUCACCAGCCUACCUUUAUCCGCGGUGUUUCUGGUGCUCUUCAUCUACAUCGAAGACAGAAUUGCGUCUGAACCGGUCAUUCCAGUUCGAUUAUUGUUGAACCGAACUAUAGGAUUUGCCUGCUUGACAAACUGGUUCUCUACCAUGGCGGUUUUUGGCUUGCUGUACUACGUGCCAAUUUACUUCCAAGUUCAAGGUUAUUCACUCACGGGUGCCGGCGUCCGCUUGGUGCCUGAAGCUGUUGGCACGGCUCUGGGCUCUCUGGGUUCAGGUAUGAUUAUGCGUGUUACCGGUCGAUACAUGCUUUUGAAUUAUGUCACCAUGACUUUGAUGGUUGUCUGCUCAGCACUCUUCUGUACUUUCAAGCUCAGUUCCCCUUCGUGGCUUCCUUUGCUUGGCCUUGGUGGACUUGGACUAAGCUAUGGGGCUAUGCUUACCAUCACCUUGGUUGCACUAAUCUCAGCCGUCGACCACCACUAUCACUCUGUGGUCACUUCAGCAUCGUACGCGUUCCGCAGCACCGGCAGUACAAUUGGCAUCACCAUCGCUUCGGCGGCAUUUCAGAACGUGCUCAAGAAAGGGUUAUGGGCUCGAUUCGGUGAUCGUGAAGAGGCAGCUGAGUUGAUCCCGCGUCUACGAGACAGCCUGGAUGAGAUCUGGAAGGUCCCCUUUGACUGGCGCCAGGGCGUUCUGGAGACCUAUAUGCUGUCGUUGCGGGCAAUAUUUCUCACGCUUUUCGGCGUUACGGUGCUGGCCGCACUAGCGAGUGUUCUCAUGAGACAACACACUCUCUUCACCAAUCUGGCUCGCCGAUGA